UUGUAGCAUGUUUUCAGCCAUGCUUUCCAGUCACAUUCGCAGGCUGUGAGAGGGAGCAGUGCUGACGCUCGCCAGCUGAGUGCCAUCCGGGCAGCGCCAGCCCGCCUGCCGUGUGGGUGCCUGCAGGUGAUGGGGCAGCGCCUGGGACCGGAGAGCUUUGUGCCAGGAGCAGGAGCUCUGUCUGCCUGAGUUUUGGUGGCCCUGCUGGGCUUGCCACGUCACUUGUGCCCCUCUCGUGUCCCUCACCUGCGUGGCCCUGGCCUCCAGCCGCAGGUUCAGCACGCUGGACACCCCGUCCUGCGGGCCCUCGCAGGGGCUCCCGUGUGAGCCAAGGGCAGCGCUCUGCCGGAGCCCGGGGAUCCGCAGCGGGUGAUGCAGCGGGAACCGUGCGCUGCCUGGCCGGGGAUGCUGUGGGCUGCCGUGGGAAUGCCUGGCUCCCUGAGCGCGAAGUGACUGCAACUCACACGAGGUUGGGACUACUUCUCGGAAGAUGCCCUGUGUGUCUCCAGUCGUUCCUCUCUGGCCUCACCGCAGAAUAUUUGGAGUUGCUAGCUUCCUCCUGCCGAGGGGGGACAAAGGCAUAGGCCUCCAGAGGGUUAAGAGCAUCUGCCUUUACGCCAAGUGUUCGAGCAGGAAAUAAUCUGCAGAGAUACAUGUGCAGCAAUUCAACUGCUGCUGCUCUCUCAGGCUGCCGCUGCUGCAGUUCGGGGUGUGAGAGGAGCCGCGCUGCUCGCAGAAGAUGCUUUCUUGGUGUGUCCGAAGCUCCAGGCAUGGCAGGAGAGCCCCGGCUUUCUGAGCUGGGGUAAAUGUCUCCAUCCAAGAGGAAUUAUGUGGACUUGCUGGCUCUGUCGGCUCACGGAGAAGAGUGUUCAGACUUAUUUAAAGAGUGCAGAUAACUGGAACUCAGAGGUGUCCUGAGGGUAUUUGUUUUGGUCUCUUCAUGUGUGAGUCUCAUCCCCACUGAGGAGUUCAGCUUGCUGCCACCCACCAAUGUGGAGUGCUUUGAGAAGAGCCCACUGAAGGCCUGAUAAGAAGGCCCUGAGUCACAGACCCAGCAAACCUGACCAGCUCCUCGCCAUACACUGGUCUCAAAUCUUCUUUGGAGCAGCGACCAGAGGGGCUGAACUUUGCUGUUUCCUGCUGUGCUGCCUGGAACAUUUCCCACGUUAACAAAGGCUGAUGGAAACCUGUAUCUAGGGGGUUCUAUGUGAGAUACUCUCCCUGCUCCCCUGUGGCCUCUCCCUGUGCCAGUCCCUGCCGACGGCGCCGCAUCACCGCGCACCAGAUGUGCAGGCGGCUGCAAAGAGCUCCCCUCCCUGAGCACAGGCGCUCUCUGUCACGGAAAAAUGGCUGGGAAGGUGUGCCUCUGUUUUGACAGAGUAAACACUGCUUUCGAAAGACAGGAAGAUUUCCUGAUGCUAUCAAGUGACUAAAAUGAAUUGGGGCUUUCCAAAAUUGCCACUUCUCAGAAUAUUCUUGAACUAUAGGUGGCCUCAGGAGGUGGUCAAAGAAUGGUGAACUUGGAAACAAGCUGGAGAUUGCAAAGUCUGCUUUCCCUCGAGGUUGCUGGUCAAUGGUUGUCAUCUACCACACCCAAGGAAACUAGAAGAGCUCCACGCUAACCUAUGUAAGGUUUAUUUCACUAUGGGAGAUCAAAUGAUUUUCUGGCUCAGGUUUUGUGAUGUUCGGCAUCUGCCUUGGACCUGCAAUUUGGGAAAGGGCUCGUCUCUGAAGCACGGUUAAGAGACACAAAAACCAGUCCCAGACAAUGAGCACUUUAAGUAGCACUGGAAUAUUGCUCAGCUUAACGACAGUGUCUGUCACACUGGAUUUUAGUUUGCAUGGUGGUCUGAUGGCUUGGUCCUUAAGCAGCAAUUUGACUCUGAAUCAGAGUUUGCCCACAUCUGAUCCUCUCAACGCCUCUGAGAAGGGCGAAGUCUCUCGGAUGUCCGUGAGGGAGAAGAAUUGGCCAGCCCUCCUGAUCUUGGUUGUCAUCCUGCUGACCAUUGGGGGAAACAUAUUGGUAAUUAUGGCUGUGUCCUUGGAGAAGAAGUUGCAGAAUGCCACAAACUUCUUCCUGAUGUCCUUGGCAGUGGCAGACAUGCUGGUGGGUAUCCUGGUCAUGCCCGUGUCGCUCAUUGCAGUCCUGUACGAUUAUGCUUGGCCUUUGCCUAAACAGUUGUGCCCUAUAUGGAUUUCCCUAGAUGUGCUCUUUUCAACUGCAUCUAUUAUGCAUCUCUGUGCCAUCUCUCUUGAUCGGUACGUAGCAAUACGCAAUCCCAUUGAGCACAGCCGCUUCAAUUCCCGCACCAAGGCCAUUAUGAAAAUUGCUGCAGUUUGGACCAUAUCCAUAGGGUUGUCUAUGCCUAUUCCGGUCAUUGGUUUGCAGGAUGACUCCAGAGUGUUUGUAAACGGGACCUGUGUCCUCAACGAUGAGAACUUCAUCCUCAUUGGAUCCUUCAUGGCUUUCUUCAUCCCUCUCAUCAUCAUGGUGAUCACGUAUUGCCUGACCGUCCAGGUGCUGCAGAGACAGGCGACGGUGUUCAUGUGUGGAGAGGUGCCCAAGCAGAGGAGGAGCAGUGUGAACUGCCUCAAGAAGGAAAACAACACAGAGAACAUUUCAAUGCUUCACAAUCACGAGGGGGCAUCUCACUUGAACUCCCCUGUAAAUAAGGAGGCAGUGCUUUUCAGGAAAGGAACUAUGCAGUCCAUCAACAACGAGCGAAGAGCCUCCAAGGUCCUGGGCAUCGUCUUCUUUUUGUUCCUCAUCAUGUGGUGCCCGUUUUUCAUCACUAAUGUCAUGUCUGUCCUUUGCAAGGAAGCCUGCGACAAAGACCUCUUGAGUGAACUGCUUGAUGUGUUUGUUUGGGUGGGGUAUGUUUGCUCGGGGGUUAAUCCCCUGGUGUACACACUCUUCAACAAAACCUACCGCAGGGCUUUUUCCAAUUACAUCCGCUGCCAAUACAGGCCCGGCAAAAAAUCAGCGCUGCGGCAGAAUCAGUGUCUGAAUGUUGCUUCAACAGCUUUGUACGGGAAAGAUCUGACUUUAACUAGUUAUCGAAAUGGCAAUGAAUUCAACAGCAUGGAACUAGAAGCUGAGGAGGGCCUGGAACUGCAACCAGGGACUUCGGAGCUCUCCAUAAACAGCUGUAAUGUUGUAAGCGAAAGAGUGAGCUGUGUGUAAGGGUGACUCACGCAGCCUUUUGCUACGGUGUAUCUGUAGCCAAAAUACAUUGUGUAAAAAUGUAAGUGUCGCUCAAAGGACAAUGUAAAUAUUGCAUUCUGAACAAAGCUUUUUUUUUUUAAAGAAAAAAAAGAGUUGUCUUUCCAGUCCAGUACUUAAAAUCAUAUAUAUUAAUAUACUGCAGUGAAGUUUAAGGUUCUAUAUUUACUGUUACUAAUAGAUCAGAACUAUUAGUUACUCUGCAUAUGUCAUGGACAAAAUGUUUGAAUUCUUCUUCCAGUGCAUGAACAAAAAUGCUGAAUAUUUAUCUCAGGUGGAAUUUGCUGGAGUCCAGAAUGGCACGUUAAUAGUUAUAUAUCAAAUACAUGCUAUUAGACUUGGUCAGUAUAACUUUCUUUUUCAAGUUGACAGUAAAUAUAUACUUUAAAUCCUCACCCCUAUUUGUGCCGUGUAAAGACUUUACAGAAACCUGGCAGAAAGACACCACAAGAGCGUAGUGGCCGUGCAGGCACCUGGCCAGACAUGUCCUGUGUCUUGCUGCCAUACUGGGUCAAUCUUGCACUUCAGGGGUCCUCUGCUAAAUUUUGGCUCCCUCUCCAACCCUGCUGUUUUCUUUCCAUUGCACAGGAGGCUCUGGCUCCCCUAGGGAAGGUAGGGAAUGCAGUUCUGGUGUGGUUCUGCAGUCCUGGCUGGGAUCACUUGCAGACUUGGAGAAGAAGCAUGAGAGACAAAGUUCUCUAUUUCCACUGUUCUAUAAAUGGAAGGCCUCAGAUUCGUAAAAAGCCCUCCUUUGGUCUUUCAGACACCCAUGAGGUCUGGGAUGGAGCAGGCUGUGCUCAGUGCACUGCCUUCACACGCUGCUGGAGGAUCAGGGGCUUUGGCUGACCUGCAGAAGAGCACUCUGGCUUUGGAAGAGCCAGAUCUUUGGCCCUCGGGGUCCUCACAUCUAGCUAUUCUUUAGCUUGCUAGCAUUGACUUUCAUUUUUCAGCAUCCUGGGACUCACAGUGCUGGUGGUAGAACACUGCUUUUGGUGUAGAGCAGAGACUGCUCUGUGUGUGGUGCUGGCCAGGGUCAAGCUGUGAGGAGCAGGAUGGACCUGCCUGGGGGUGCUGGGGGAGAGGCACAAGUGAAGGUCCCUGCUCCUGCCUCAGGACGGGGUGGGCAGAGCUGAGCAGAGCAUGUGAUUGGAAUCAUUUGCUGGUGGCAGGGUUCAAAAGCAAAUGAUGACCAGGGACAGGAAGGAAGCAGACCUGGAGCUAGUCUACAGGGAAUAUUAAUCUGGAUUAAUUUUUAAAUUCGAAAUAUUCCAUUUUACUCCCAAAGUAAUUUAUGGUGUAUCAUAUUAACACCACUUAUAUCUUUAAUGAAAGCAUCCACAUUGGGAUGGAAUGCAGUUUAAGUAAUCUGCUUUUAAUACACACCAGGUACAAUUUGAAUUAAUUUUCCUCUGCGUUCUUGAGUACACAAACUCCCCAAGGCACCGUGUCUUUCUGGCACUGUGCCUCUGGGGUGAUGCCUCUUAUGCAAAAUUUCCUUGUGUGGAGUAUUGUCUAAUGCCAGAUAUCACCCAUAAGGUUUUUAUAUCUUCAUUAACUACUACACAGAUGCUGCAGUGCCCAUCUAACAUGGAUGCAUUUAGCAUCACUGACAGCCUCUGGCUAUGAUAAUCAUCAGAACAGAGAACAUUACACUGGGCAUGGUUAAAUCGCAUUUUAUUAACAUGAAUUGCUUGUACUCUAAGCUUGCUGUGUUCAUUCCAUUAAAAUUACCUUCUAGAAGAAACAGAAAAUUCUGCUAAUGCUUUAGGUAACUGCUGUUGCACUGCUGUGUGCAGCAACAACCUUGCUGAGGCCACUACUAAAACACAACACAGGAGUUGUCUCUGCUGCUGGCUUGACCCCAGACCGAUGUGUUGAAGAUGGUCCUCUUUUCUCCCUCAUCCCCUCCUGGGAAUAAUCCAUAGUACUUCCAUGCAGGCAGACAAGGUAUCCCAGUGCAGAGGUAUCCUAAGCCUCUGCUGCUUGAAGAAGGCAGCAGAGAUGCUCCAUGUGCCAGCCUGCAGAUACCAGCAUGGGUUGAAUGCUCUGGAGUCUGCUUGCCUCUCCAAAAGCGUCAGGUAAUCAGUAGGAAAAGGACUGGCCAGAGGCACAAACUUGGUCCUUCAGUGACUUCUCCUUACCCUGAGUCAGAUUUCAUUAUCUCAAACAGUACAGAAAAAUCAGAACCGUCACAUUGCUUUUUAAGUUGGGUUUUUUUUCCUUUAGUGAAUUUAUAGCACACCUUUUCCAAACAUGUAUAUGUGUGUAUGUAUAUAUAUGUGUGAGUUUGUACUUAUAUAUAUACACAUAUAUAUAUUUAAGAGCCAACCACAGACUUUGAAAGCAUUUAGCAAUAAGUUGAAUUACAGUAGCUUCUAGCAUGUGUAAAUAAUGAGUGAAUAACUCAUUUUCACAGCAUCCCUGAGCUCAGUAUAAGUCUACACACAGGCCUUGUCUUUGCAUAGGAGCCUUCAUGUCUUACCCUUGUCGGUUCUGUUGUAUGGGCAAAAAAGGGAACCUGCUAUAUUUGGAUGCAAAAAAUGGGAACUGAACAGAGAAUUUUCAGAAUUUUUAUAAAUGUUUUUAAAAAAUUCAGCACCAGAACUGUAAAUAUGUCAACACAGCUGGACCCAUUCUGAUGUACAGCCCUUGUUUGGAUGAACAGCCAAGGGUGCUGCCUGACAGCGCCUCGUGUUCUCUCCCAGCCAGUGGGUGACAACAUUUUUGUGAAUGUUUAUAUACUGUCACGUACCCAACUUUCUUUGGGUCAUUCACAUCAGGGUUUUGUGAUGCUGCUAUUAAUUUAUUAAAGAAAGUUUGUUGGUUUAA